UGAUUGGCUGCACCGCCUGCCGCCGAGCUAGGCUGCGCGCCGGAUAUAUGUAGCCGGCGGCUGAGCACGCCGUUGCGUGAGGUGCUUCUUGUCCGCCGGGCCGGCCUGUGGUGAAGCGACGCCUCCCGCUCCCGUCCCGCUCCGCUUGCAGUUUUCAGUUGACCAAAGAAAUGGUGAUGGAGAAGCCAAGUCCCCUGCUGGUCGGGCGGGAAUUCGUGAGGCAGUACUAUACUCUACUGAACCAAGCACCUGACUAUUUACACAGGUUUUAUGGAAAGAACUCUUCCUAUGUCCAUGGCGGCUUGGAUUCCAAUGGAAAACCAGCUGAUGCUGUCUACGGGCAAUCUGAUAUCCACAAGAAAGUGCUGUCAUUAAACUUCAAGGAUUGCCACACAAAGAUCCGUCAUGUGGAUGCUCAUGCUACUCUCAACGAUGGUGUUGUAGUCCAGGUGAUGGGAGAGCUCUCCAAUAACAUGCAGCCAGUGCGCAGAUUCAUGCAAACAUUUGUACUUGCACCUGAGGGUUCUGUUGCAAACAAGUUUUAUGUCCAUAAUGACAUCUUCCGCUACCAGGAUGAGGUUUUUGGUGAUUCUGAUACGGAGCCUCCAGAGGAAUCGGAAGAAGAGGGGGAGGAACCCGAGGAAAGACAGCAGACACCUGAGGCUGUUCCUGAUGAUAGUGGUGCUUAUUAUGAGCAGACUGUCAGUAGCAAUGACUUGGAAGAACAUGUGGAAGAGCCAGCUGUAGAUGCAGAGCCUGAACCAGAGCCAGAACCUGAACAGGAACCUGAACCAGAGGUGCAAGAAGAAAAAUCUGAGCCAGCAUUGGAGGAGUCAGUUCCAGAAGAGGCUGCGGAGAAGAGUCCUUCUCCAGUUCCUGCUGAUCCAGCCCCUGCAGUGCAGGAGGACUCCAGGACAUUUUCAUGGGCAUCGGUAACCAGUAAGAACCUUCCUCCUAGUGGAGCUGUUCCAGUAUCAGGAAUACCACCUCAUGUCGUGAAAGUACCCGUCUCACAGCCUCGCCCUGAGACAAAGCCUGAAUCUCAAACUCCACCACAGAGACCUCAGAGAGAUCAGAGAGUGAGGGAGCAGCGAACAAGCAUCCCACCACAGAGGGGUCCUAGACCAAUUCGUGAUGGUGAUCAAGGUGAUGUGGAAACUAGACGGAUUGUGAGAUACCCAGACAGUCACCAGCUGUUUGUUGGGAACCUUCCCCAUGAUGUGGAUAAAAGUGAACUAAAAGACUUUUUCCAAAAACUUGGCUCUUCUCUUGCAGGCUAUGGAAAUGUUGUUGAACUCCGCAUCAACAGCGGUGGAAAACUUCCCAAUUUUGGGUUUGUGGUUUUUGAUGAUCCUGAACCAGUUCAGAAGAUCCUUAGCAGCAGGCCCAUCAUGUUCAGGGGAGAGGUGCGCUUGAAUGUGGAGGAGAAGAAAACACGAGCUGCCAGGGAGGGUGACCGCAGAGAUAACAGACCACGUGGACCUGGAGGCACUCGUGGGGGGCUGGGAGGUGGGAUUCGAGGGCCUCCACGUGGAGGAAUGUCCCAGAAACCAGGAUUUGGAGCUGGAAGGGGGAUCGGGCAACGCCAGUGAAUGCAUCAUGGAUGUUGACGUGGUGGCGCAACCCCUUUUUCCUGCAGAUUUAUGAAUUUCAGCCUUGGGUAUCUUGGAAUGUGGCCCUAGCCUGUUAUAGACUGCUACGUUUGAUACUAUUUUGGCCCCUUUUUGUUUGUGUUAUGGUUUUGUGAUUUUUUUUUUCUAGUCCUUGUCCCAGAUUCCAGCUUUGUGGAACAACGUUUUAGGAAAAGUGGAUUUUAAAAAACUGAAUUUCUUUGCUCACUUCAAGCUUAUGGACUGGAUUUUUUUGGUACCAGUGGUCUUUCCUAAAGGAAUGUUUUCUUUUUUUUUUUUUUUUUUUUUUUCCAUCCCCCCCCUCUACUGAAUUUGGGUGCAUUUCAGUCAGUGGAAUAAUAUUUCACGUGCGUGUGUUCGAGAGCCUGUAGGAAAACAUAGUACUUGGCAAGUAUUUCAAGGGCAGGAAAAAACUAUCGAUUUAUCCCUUGAGGGUCAUACAAACAUCCUCUGGUCCGGAGAUAUUGCCACUUGAAAAAUUGACAUUCAUCUUUCUCUUUGUGGCGCUGUAAAAGUGGAAUAAUGGGUAUCCGUAGAAUCUUUUUUUUUUUCUUUUGAUACAUGAUCACGGAAAGGAAUUCUAACUACUGUUUUACCACUUUGAAAUUUUGGAUUGUGGGAUAGGUUUUAAAUGUCUAGAACUUGACUCUUAAAACACUUUUCCUGAACUUGUGAAAUUUUUUAUUGAAAUAGGGAGUUUUUUCAUGUUUAGUUUGUAUUUGUAUAAAAAAAAGCAAAAUUGUUGUGCCUUCUAUUUAUCUCUCAUUCCAGUCUUGGCAAAUUGUUAAAAAAAUAAAAAUAAAAAAGGUCUAGAUUUGCUUUAUCAA